AUAAGAUAGGCGAAAAGUCGCAGCCUUCACAAACAAAGCAUGAGUCGCGGAGACAACCAGCUCCCGAGCAUUUGCUUCGAUGAUGAUUGUCAAGUGCGCGUGCUAGACAAGGAGAACAUCACACACACGCAGGAGCUCGAGCAAGAGAGCAACCAAUUUGCUACAAAGCUUGAAGAGUUCCAUGCGAUCGUCAAGGGCGUACUAGAGGUGAUGGAGGGACAAGCAAAACGCAUUGAGCGUGAGAAGCUGAAGGCAAUCGGCCAACGCAACCGAGUGGACAGCGAGGUAGAGAAUCGGAAUCGCCAGAAGCAAAUGCUAGAGCUACUGAUCAAGGAGAAGAAGACCGAACUGGAACGAUACAACUUGCAGUAUCAAUCGCUUACGAAGAUAGCCGACGAGCAGCAACUGCUCAUGGACAAACUGAGCAACAAUGAGGCGUAGCGUGGCGAUGAAUUUGACGCAACCUACAAAGCGGCAUUGUUAGCGUAGCGAGAGUAACGUUGAUCUAGCAACAAUCACCACAGAAAUGAUAUAUUCAAAAUUUGAAUGUAUUUUAUGAGUCAC